CUGAGCUUGCAAAUUUCUUUUUUACAGCCGACAAUUUUGCGGAUCGAUUGAUCGCAAAGCACAGCCAUUUCUCGAUUAAGAGAUAUAAGAUGGAUGAAGACACUAGAGGUGUAACAAAAAUCUCGGUAGAAAUUCAAUCAAAUUUUAUUUAUGCGGGAAGAUGGAAAAAAAGAUUAUAAGAGAAAUGAAAGAGGGUUUAAGCGACAAUAACACGCUCUUGACAAAAUGUGGAUAAUGCGCAACGCAACGGACAACAGGCUGCUAUUACGAAUCUUGGUUUGAAGUUAGUUCGAUCAAAUCGAGUCAUUUUUGUCAGAGUAGUCAUAGAAACGUGCCGCGUGCGCGCGCGACCCGAUGUUGAACGUUGAAUCACAAUCGCGGGGAAUGAAGCAUGCAAUGAAGAGAGCUAGUGCGGUUUUAUACGGUAACUUUGAAAAAUGGAUCGAAGAUAUCAGAGGGUAGGUCUGGGAGUGGGCGCGUUUCACAAUCCCCCAAGAGCGAGAUAUAGUGAUGAAACGAAAAAUCUGAUCGAGCUGUUGAUGGAGGAAUCAAAACUAACGGUGUUACAAAAGAAAACUAUUCAAGAAGCGGUGGAGAAAGGUGAAUCCUUACCACCUUCCAUCGACGUGAUGAAAACAAAUCAAGAUUAUGUCCAAGAUGAUGGAAUAAGACUGCCCAAUACCUGGAGAAGGCGUUCACGCGACACGAUCGUGAGUAGCGGUGCUUACGAGAGGGAGCAAUACAGGAGGACAGCGCCUUUACCCAACAAGGAGAAACAAAAGCGUCACUUGGCAUGUAUGAUGGCUUACGGAAAGGAUAUGCCGGAAACACCUCGUGGGCCCAAGAUUCUUCAUGGGAUUAGACGAGAUCCGCAAACAUCUGAAAAUGUGCAGGAUCCUCUAAAUGAAUUGAUACGAGGGAUUCGAGAAAGGAUGGAUUUCUUACGCGACAUGGAGAAUCUCGGAUUGGGAAAGAAAUAUCGGCCCAUGAUGCAGCAAGAGAUUGCGCAAAAAAUACGGCUAAUCGAAUCGAUGGACAAGCGGACGUGCAACCAGUUGCGAAAGGAGAUUCGUCAAUUGAGCCACGAAAGACCAUCACCAAAACCAUUCCCACUCGGAGAAUUCGAUGAAGAUUGA